AUGGAGGAAACUGAACUCUGCUUUCCAAAGCUCGUCAACAUCUCCUGCAGGAGGCCAAAGCGUCCUCAUUAUGAAGUCAUGCUGACAUACAUUCUGCUGUCCUUCAUUUCUCUGCUCACUGUGCUCCUUAACCUGCUGGUCAUUAUUUCCAUCUCACACUUCAGACAGCUUCACACACCCACCAACCUCCUCCUCCUUUCACUGGCUGUUGCUGAUUUCUUUGUGGGUCUCCUCAUGUUCUUUCAAAUAGUGCUCAUCAACGGCUGCUGGUUCCUUGGUGAUCUUAUGUGUGUUCUGUAUCAGUACCUAGCUUACAUUAUUACCUCUGCCUCAGUAGGAACCAUGGUGAUCAUAUCAGUUGAUCGCUAUGUGGCUAUUUGUUACCCUCUGCAUUACUCCACCAAAGUCACACAACAAAGAGUUAAAAUUGUUGUCUGUUUAUGUUGGAUAUGCUCUUUCCUCUUUCAAAGUCUAAAUCAGAUUGAUAACUUGAACCAACCAGGCAGGUUUAACUCCUGCACUGGAGAAUGUGUUAUAGUCAUUAACUAUAUUGCUGGAGUUGCAGAUCUGAUUUUAACCUUCAUUGUUUCCAUCACUGUGAUUGUAAUUCUGUAUCUGAGAGUAUUUGUGGUGGUUGUGUCUCAGGCUCGUGCCAUGAGGUCUCAGCUUUCAGCUGUCACUCUCCAGGGUUCAGUAACUGCUAAGAAAUCUGAGUUGAAAGCAGCCAGGACUCUUGGUGUUGUUAUAGUUGUGUUUCUAAUAUGUAUGUGUCCAUUCUUCUGUGUCAAUUUAACAGGCCAAGAUAGCUUGCUCAACGCUUCAUCUGCUGCGUUUGUAAUAGGUUUGUUCUAUUUUAAUUCCUGUUUGAACCCCAUCAUCUAUGCUUAUUUUUACCCUUGGUUCAGAAAAUCAGUCAAACUCAUUGUGACACUGAAGAUACUACAGCCUGACUCUUGUAACAUGUUCUAG